GUUGUCCUUCAUUUUUGGUACGCUUCUGUUUAGCUAUGGCUUCUGAAUAUACACCAGAUGUUAUAAAAACGUUGAAACAGAAGGUAUUCACUUCAGCUCGUGAUGGAAUGGCUAUUAGCAUUUUCGCUAUGUUAUGGAAUGUUGAAAGGGAGAUCGUAAAAGAGGUGCUGGAGCAUCACUCCGAGGAGGAUGGACAGAAAACGACACCACUUAUCAUUGCCGCAAGAAAUGGCGAAGAAAAGGUAGUGGCUGUGUUAUUGACUAAUUUUUUGGUUGACAUAGAACAAACAGGUGUUGUGAAAUUUGACGGAUUUGUAAUUGAAGGGGCCACAUCAUUAUGGUGUGCUGCGGGAGCUGGUCAUUUCGGUGUGGUCAAACUGUUGAUUGACCACGGAGCAGAUGUCAAUCACCCAACGUUGACCAAUUCAACGCCCCUCAGAGCUGCGUGUUUCGAUGGGAGACUAGAUAUCGUGAAAUAUCUAAUUGAACACAAUGCUGACCCAAAGAUAUCCAACAAAUAUAAUAAUACAUGUUUGAUGAUAUCAAGCUACAAGGGACACAAGGAAGUUGUACGCUACCUGUUAGAGAAUGGAGCCAAUCCAGACUGCAGUGCUCAUUGUGGGGCCACAGCCUUGCAUUUCUCAUCAGAAUGUGGACAUUUAGAAAUUGUUCAUGAGUUGGUAAAGUUUGGUGCCUCCAGAUUGAAAAAUGAUCACAACAUGACACCAUUAACAGUGGCAGCUGAAUGUGGAAAGUCAGAGGUGGUAGAAUAUUUAAUAUCCCUACCUGAAUGUAAGCGUGAAGAAAAGAUAGAUGCAUUAGAACUAUUAGGAGCUUCUUAUGCAAAUGACAAAGAGAAUUAUGAUAUCAACAAAGCGUUUCUAUACCUCCGAGAAGCAAUGCAUGUUCGAUACAGUGACCCACAAAAUAUUAUUCAAAAACCACAUUGUGACCCAGUGCAAGCAUAUGAUAACCGUAUAGAGUGUAAAGCUCUUGUGGAACUGGAUGCCAUUCGACAGGAUUUUGGAGCACUUCAUAUGGAAUCUCUUGCCAUUCGGGAAAGAAUUCUUGGUGAAGACAACCCAGAGGUACCCCAUCCUGUUAUUUUUCGUGGAGCUGUGUUUGCUGACAGUGCCAGAUUUGACAGAUGUAUUUCCCUUUGGCUGCAUGCUAUGAGGCUUCGACAACGAAACAAUAGAACAAUAUCAAAAGAUCUUCUCAGAUUUGCACAGGUUUUUUCGCAAAUGGUGCACAUAGGAGUCAGUUUAGAUUUCAAAAAUGUGGAAGAAGUCUUCCAUCAUGCGGUGAUAGAACUGCAACGUGACACUGACAGAAUUGCUAAAGGGGAUGAAGACAAAGAUGCCCUUGUAGAAAUAUAUCAAAGCAAUAUACACACCUGUCUCUACUUACUUGUGAUAGCACAGAAAGUGCCAAAAUCAAAGGAGAAUGAUGAACUACACAAAAUGGUAUAUAAAUUCCUGAAAAAUAAACCAGUCUUGAAAAACAACUAUAGCCCUUUACAUAUGGCUGUUGACAGUGCCACAUUAGUAGAUGAUUUCCAUGUAAAUGAUGUGGUGAAUUUCCCAAAUAUUAGCCUUACCAAGUUGCUCAUCGAAUGUGGGGCCGAUCUAAAUGCCCUAGACUGUCAUAGAAACAGUCCUUUGCACAUAAUUGUCAAAAACUCCCAUCCAGUCAGUGACUUUGAUACUUUCUACCACAUCCUUAUGGCUUUGAUCAAUAAUGGAGCUCACCUCGAUAUUUGCAAUAGUGAAAGGAAAACGCCCAUUGAAAUAGCAACAUCAGGAGUAGCAGUUGUCUAUCUGAGGACUAAUAGCAAGCUGUCUCUUAAGUGUAUUGCUGCCAAAUGUAUACAGCGUAGAAACAUAAAGUACCAAGGAGUUGUUCCCCUUGUACUGGAGGAAUUCAUCAAACUUCACUGAACAUGGAUUUAGAUAAACAUAUUGUAAUAUUGAUUGUAUUUGGUGUGCUUUAUCUUUAAUGUAUAUAUUUUUUCUGGGAUAGACCUAUAUAACGAAAGUAUUUUGUAAGUCAAACUUUGUAAACACUUUUGUCCUCUAAUGAUACGCCUACUACUAGCAUUUUUCCUGCUGUAAGCACCAACUAAAAUAUAUAGGUCAUAUUACUUCUGACUGAGUGUUAGAGGUGGGCUUAUUACAACACAAUGAAAUAUUUUGUUGAUUUUCUUUGGGAAUGAACAGACAUAUGCCUGUGUGUAUAUAUACAGUUGUGGGAUAGCACAACAUUAUAUAAUGUGCAAUAUGUGCACGAUGUUUGCAUGAUGGGAUAACUGAACAAAAUAAACUAUUGCACACCUGUGCCCAUGAUAUGUGGUUCUAUCACACAGAUGUGAAAUUCUAUCAUGGUUGAUAUAAAUUCAGAAAUGGCCGAUAGAAAAGUGUGUGAUGUUUUUUUUUUUAUUUACUAAAUAUAUAAGAAUACAAAAGAGUAUACAGUUGAAACUCGUCUCGGAAUCAUAUCAGUCGAAAUUCUGUUUGAGUCAAAAUAAUUUUCAAGUCCCGAUAUUUUUCCUUCUAUACCUUUGUAAUUUUAGUUUGAAUGACUCAAAUUUCAUUGAGUUGAAAUUUUGGUUUGCAGUUCCUUCCAAUUGUAAAGCAAAGGAACAGUCAUUUGUUGUCUCGAAAUUGUCAAAUUGUCAAAACAUCGGCACUUCUUAUGACAAAAUUGGUCAAUACAUACACAGAGUAGAAAUAAAAAUAGUAAUAAAAGGAGAAAGUAAAAAUAAAUUAACUUGAACUUGUUUAUUUACUGCCAUUUUUAAUAACAGAUUUUUGUGUGCUGCCAUAGCUCUACUUCGUUCAACCAUAACUCGAUUUUCGGAAACUGAUAUCGCCAACCUUAUUUACACACUUCAUUUGAGUCAAAAUUUGGAUAAGUUGAAAUAUUUUCCACAGUCACUUGAAUUUCGAGGUAACAGGUUUGGAUUGUAUCUCCUAAUCAAGCCAUAAAUCUCUAGGUUGGAUAUACUCUGGUAAUUUAAAGUGUUAUGUUUACAAAGUGUCACAUAUGACCAGCCUUAAUGUAUGGGCAUUCAGUAUAUAUACAUUAUAUAUGUAAAAAUAAAAUGGGCAUCUCUUUUUGUCUUGGCAAUAAAUCUUCUAAAAUCUUGUACUGUCAGAAAGGAAAUUUUGAUUUAAUUACUGCUGUAUUAUUCUUGUUAAUUUUAUGAGUUUGUAACAAAAAAUAUGGACUCCGGUAAAUCUUAAGCAAUUUGUGUUUGUUACAUGGAAAAACCAACCGGUACGGGUCCAGACUGUCAAGUAUACACCUAAUACAGGUAUUUUUUUGUUGCCUGAGACACACUUAAUUGCAGGGUCCAGUGUUAUUUCGAAAACUGUCGAAUUAAAAGUGACUUUUAUAAACACUUACCAAUUUUAAUAUGCCUAUGAUCAGUAUUUAGUCCUGCCACAAGAGUUUUCCAUUUGAUUUCAAUCCAUGAUAUUAGUCGAGCAUUUUUACCAAAAAUGUGUGAUUCUAUUACACAGUUGUGCAGUAGAUAUACUAGAUGUAUGCACAAUGUUCACAUUCAAUUUUUGAUGUGUUGUGCAUUACCACAACAGUAUUUAUUGUAUGCCAGGAAGUUUUUGCCCUCAUUUAAUUUUUGUCUUUUUAAUCCAUGAACUUUGGGGCAAAUUGAAGAUGGGGGUAAGAUGGGGUUGAAAAUUUGUUCAACUUACAUAACCCUUUUAUAUCAUUCUCAGAGGGCUAACUAACCAUGAGGGGAAUUUGUAUAUACUGUUACCAGGGCAAAAUAUCCUUUAACUGGUAUGCAAUGUAUAUUUGGUUUGGCUUAUGAUUAUAAGCCCAUUGAUAAAUGUAAUUUUCUGUUAUAAAUGCUGUCAUACUGUUACACAAAAUAUAUAUGUACUUUGACCAUGAUGUUUUCUGGUUGAAUGUGAAUUCAAACAGUUUGAUAUAUACCUGAAUGGAAAGUGUAAAGCAAAAGUUGAUACAUGCUCCUGGACCAGUAAAUGGUGCAAUGGUAAUUUGAAAUGGUGGGAAAAUCUGCCUUAAAAGCAGAAAGCAAGUUUAAUUAUUUCAUGGAGACUUUGAAAUAAGAAUUUUAUAAAGUUUGGUUUUGAACAAGUUCAGAUAAUGUGUUGGUUUAACCAUCUAUUUCUUUGACGUUUUGAUAUCUAUUUAUUAUACAUGUAUGAAAAUAAUUUUACUCAGGUGCUAGUUUUCAAAUGCCAUUUAUUUCAGAAAAAAGAUGUCCCUGUGCAGAAAGUCAGAAAAUAUACCAGCAAGGUAUGUUUUCCACAAAUCUGGAAAAUACUAUUGAUGACAUUCAAAACUCAAAAUAUAUUCUUGAUAAACUGGUGUAUUUGAAAAAGUCUAGGGUUAAAUUUCAGUUGUAUUCAAAUAAGAGCACCUGUUAUCAAAAUCCAUGUUAGGGUACAUGUAUAUAUUUCUUUUGUGAGAUAGAAAUUUUUUAUGAAUGAUUUUGUUUCUGAGAGGGAGAGAGAUCUGAUGGAAACGUAGUGAGGGGGGUGGCAUUUCUUUUCCAAUUUUUACUCGCAUUCUGGGGACACUCUUUUUUGACUGUGGACAUUGGCAUGUCACCACUAUAAAAGUUGCUUAAAUUGUACUGCUAUUGCACAAAAUGCCAAGAAAGUACUGUCAUUAGAUCUCCCCACAGACAUUUUACUAUCUCAAUAGUGUCUGCAAAAUCACAUUUUCGUCUUCUCUCUUCCUUGCACCCAUGGAUAUAAAUAUGUGCCAACAAAAAUUGUCUAUCAAAUUAGAAUGUGACCCAGAUUUAUUCAGUAUUCAGGAGAUAAGUUGGGCUGAUCAGUGAAUUAUGCUUGUUACCACCAUAUCAUUGACAUUGCUAUUGGAAAUGACUUUCCCCAAAAUGUCUGUGUGAAACCCAUAUUUUCCCAUAGUUGCAGUGAUUUUUUUUUUUUUUUUGUGGAGAAAUGGAGCUGAAGUUUCUAUCAAUGAAAAUAUUGAGAGAAAAAAAUUUAAAAAGUAUUUAAGGUCACCAAAGAUUUGAUAAAUGAAAAUGUCUCUGACAUUGUUGCAUAUAUCAUUUCUCAUUAUGAAAUGGAAAUGUUGACAUUCCUGUGCCAGUUUGUGAUGUAUACUUUACUGAAUGUAAAAGGAUGAAAUUGAAAUGAUAGAUGUACAGGGAUUUAACCUUAUGGAGUAUGUACAUGUCUUCAAGUCCAUGAAUUUUAGUACUACCAUUUUGGAUUUUGUGCAAUAUUUAAUGCAAUGCUGCUCCAACUUCCGGCUUUGUUGUGGAUUUUGUUUUAUUCCAUUUUACCUUGAAAUAAAAAAACGUCCAAGUUCAGAAUGAAA